AUGCUGCGGGGUGAAAACCAGCAUUUCAGGGGAACCAAUAUGGCAUCUGAUGUCGUUGUCUUCUUGGCCGCAGUGCGGUGGAAGGCCGGCGGAACCGGAAAUUAUUGUGGGUUAAAUCCCACCCAUGGUGAUGCCAUGGCUAAGCCCCACCGUACUCUGGGGGAAACUCAUGAGAAAGAGAAGGAGGAGAGAGGAGUAGAAUAUGGACAUGUGAAGGAGAAUGCAACGGACGAGAGCGAGAUGUCCAAUCGGAUUACGCCUGUCCCUCUCAAAGAGUGUAGAGUGGUCUUGGUGCGAACUCCACUGCCCUCAUCGAGUCCAAAUAAGAGCAUAGUAGACCGUGAAGUUGAGGCUAUUACUGAUAUCGAAACAAAUAUUGGACGACAAAUGAUGGAGGCCAGUCUGGAGACGACUAGUUGUGAGAUGCUCAGCGCUGACGCAUCGUAUGCCUCCAUCAACUCACCACAUGACAAAGAUAAGAGAGAUGAUCAACCGAGCAAAGUCACGAACCAAGCGGUAGCCAAAAAAACAGAAAGGAAGGAAACGGCCAAGGAAGGUGAACUGGACGAAAGAAUAGAAAAACUUGAGACAAUUAGUAAGAGCUUUGAAAAAAUUAGUAAAGAAAGCGAAGAGAGGGUCAUGGUGAAGUUGGGGGAAAUUAGAAGUUAUGCCGAAGUAGCAGCAGUAGCAAGGACUGAGCCGAGGGUUGAUAGCGGCAGAACCGCAAGCAACGACCAAAGGGAAACUGGACUGUAUUCUUUGAUUGUCGAGCCAGGGGAAGAAACCGAAGCGGCCGAGGAUACAGUCCAAAAAAUUAGAUGCUCCCUUAAUGCAAGAGACAAUGGCUUUAAAAUUGAAAAACUCCAAAAAAUAAAGGGAGGUAAGGUGGUCAUUGGUUGCGGAACUGAGGAGGAACGAACGAGGGUGAGGGAAAGAAUUACGUACGGAGAUAACGGAAUCACGGCCAGGGAGCUUAAUAACAAAAAUCCUUUGGUACGAUUUAAAAAUAUACUGAGGUACAACACCCUCGAAGAUAUAAAGAAAGCCCUUAAAACACAAAAUAAGGCAACGACUGGAAACCUAACCGGGGAGGACUGGGUGAUGACGGAAAAGCACCGCCAAAAUGCUAGGAAUACGCACGAGUGCCACGUCAUCGUGAAGGUCUCCCCGGGGAUGUGGAAGGCGCUGACCCGGGCGCAGAAGGUCCACAUUGACCUCCAGAUGGUCUGGGUGGAGGAUCGGUCCCCCCUUGUGCAGUGCGCCACGUGUCUCGGAUACGGACACACGAGGAAGCACUGCCAAGGGGGAAAACUGACCUGCUCCCAGUGCACAGGUGAGCACCUUAGGGCAGACUGCCCAAGUAAAGAUAAGUCACCAGAGUGUGCAAACUGCAAAAGAGCAGGAAUGGACAGUGUGGACCACAGCACGUUUAGUACUGAAUGCCCAGUGCGCAGGAAGUGGGAUGCGCUGGCCAGGAGGUCAGUGGCGUACUGCUAA